CCCACUCAUGCCAAAACUAAACUCAAGAACAAAAUAUUAUUAACAAUUUUCAAUGGGUGGCGGUGUUCGGUUCGGUUGGGUGGUUCUCUCUCUUACUUUCAGUAUUGUUAAAAUAAUGGUAACGUAAGCAUGGCUAUUGUGCCACCAAGCCGUGUUAAUUAGUCGACGCUAAUACGUGCCGCGACACUUCAGUAUAAUAACAGCAACGACAACAACAAUAAAAUAAUACUACGAAUUACAACAACAAUAGCAAUAAUAGUAACGAAUAUCAAUCUAUGAAUCGAAUAUUGGCAAAAUGUGUGAAUUAUAUAAAAUUUUCAUUCUUGUCGUAAUUUGUUUAAAUUUUAUUGCCAUAAAAGCAGAUAAUCCCUGCAUUUUCGAGGAUACAUGUGAACGAUGUUUGAGUGCGGAUAUGUCGUGUGCCUGGUGUACGGAUAAGCUUUAUGAACUGCGUUAUCGCUGCCUUAAUCGCACCCAACUAUUGGAGAAUGGUUGCCGACCUGAUUACAUUUACGAAAAUGAACCGGAAUUGCAUACCCUCAUCGAUGCACCCCUUAAGGAUUAUGAGGCGAGUAGUAGUCGUGCUACACAGGUACAGCCGCAGCGCGUUUAUGUUAAGCUGGUGAAAUCCCAUCCAGAACGCAUCAAGCUCUCGUAUCGGCCGGCACGAUACAAUCCGCUAGAUCUGUAUAUUCUUAUGGAUCUCACCUGGACGAUGCGUGAUGAUCGUGAGACAUUGAUAAAACUUGGCCUCGAGCUGGCAACAACAUUACGAAACCUUACAACAAAUUAUCGUUUGGGUUUCGGUAGCUUUGCCGAUAAACCCGAAAUGCCAAUGAUAAUGCCACAGCUCCGAGAGAAUCCCUGUGCCAAGGAGCGGCAGGUGUGUGAACCCACCUACGGGUAUCGUCAUCAUUUGGCUUUGACGGAGAAUGCAAAGGAAUUUGUGCAGUCGGUAAAUGCAAGUAGAGUCACCGGAAAUCUAGAUAAUCUUGAGGGUGGUCUAGAUGCCCUAAUGCAGGUGUUGGUGUGUCCCAAGGAAAUCGGCUGGAAAGAGGAAGCUCGUAAGGUGGUCAUUUUGGUAACCGAUGGCUUUAUGCACUUUGCCGGUGAUGGCGUUUUGGCUGGCAUAACCAAAAAGAAUGACAAGCGAUGUCAUUUGAGCGGUGAGGGAGAGUAUUUGGGUUCCCUGGUCUAUGAUUAUCCGUCGCUGGAGGAGAUCUAUCGUGAGCUGUUGGAAAGGAAGAUUAGUGUGAUAUUCGCUGUGACGGAGGAUGUGGUGCCCACAUAUCGGGAAUUCAGUAGUCUUAUGAAGGAAAUCAGUAAUGUGGAGAUAUUGAGUGCAGAUUCGUCGAAUAUUUUGGAGUUGAUCCAGAAGAGCUACGAAAAUUUCAUCAAGCGAACCCAGUUUUCGGACAACAGUCCCGAUUUCAUCCGAGUGGAGUACGAAACAGAUUGUGGCGGGCAAUUUCCAACAUUGCUGAAACGCAAUUACUGCAAUGAUGUGGCCCUAGGCACAACGGUAGACUUUUACAUAAAUUUAACCCUCACCGAUUUCCCCCAAACUGGGGUCUAUACCCAUAAAAUUCGCAUCGAAGAGUCAGCCCUAAAUGAGUUCAUGGAAAUCGAGGUGGAGAUACAAAAGCCCUGUCCCUGUGCCGAGGAGUCUGAUCCAACUGAUGAAUACUCACGUUUCCAGUGCAAUGACAAUGGCUAUAUGCAGUGUGGCAUGUGCCAGUGUGAUCCGGCAUGGACUGGUCCAUUUUGUACCUGCCCCACAGACGCCACUAAUGCCACGACCCUCGAAGCCAUUGAGCGACUUUGUCGCAAACCCUAUGAUAUAAAACAACCCGAUGAUCUUGGUCCCGUUUGUUCGAAUCGUGGCGAAUGUGACUGCGGCACCUGUUUCUGCUUCCCCGGAUAUGAGGGUAAAUUCUGUGAAUGCCCUGAAUGUAACGCUGACUGUGAUCCUGAACGUGCGGACUGCGUGUGCGGCCAGUGCGUUUGUAAAUAUGGCUGGUCCGGCAAUCGUUGUAAUUGUAAAGAGAGCACCGAUGGCUGUAUUGGUCCCAUGGGUGAGGUGUGUUCCGAUCGCGGUUAUUGUGAGUGUGGUGAAUGUGUUUGUGACGAACCGUAUGUGGGCAGGUAUUGUGAAAUCGGCUCAGAGACGGACAAUAAGUUUUGCACAUUCUUUGAGCCGUGUGUCAGUUGUAUGAUCGAGGAGAAGACGGCGUCGGGCAAGUGUCCGAAUGUUACGGAUAUAUGUGGCAAGGCGGAGAAACAUGAACGUUUUACCGCGGUCUAUGUCACUGAGGAAUUGGAUAUUGAGAAUCGCUGCCUGGCCCGAGUAGAAAAUGAAUUCGGCAUUGAGUGUGACCACUAUUUCACCUACAAAAUGAUUAAUCAUCUGGAAAAUUAUCUACUGAUACAGAUCAACAAAUGCGAACCGAUUAAUUAUGCGAGCGUAAUUGGUUUCGUAAUGUUGGCAACAUUUAUUUUAGGACUCAUCAUCAUCUGCAUUAUAUGGGGCUGCAUCCGAGCCAAGGAUGCCCGUGAAUAUGCCCGUUUUGAGGCCGAUCAGGCAAGAGGCUACUUCAUGGAAAGUCCAAUAUACAAUGAUCCCAUUCGAAAAUAUGUCGUUCCCAAGGAAAUUAAUCGCAAACAGAGCAAUCCAUUUUUAUAGUUAAGAGAGAGAGAGAGAGAGGGAGAGGGAGAGAAGAACAAAUGUUUAGUUUAUAAGUAUGAAAUGACAAUAAAUAAGUAAAAGAGCAUAGCU